AUGGUGGGGCGGGGCUUCCCUCCGCACGUCGCACCGGCCUCACCGCCCCGCACGGCUGAUGGACAGGAGGCGCCGGCCAAUGGCGACGCGCGGCGGGAGGGCGCCGGCCAAUCGGGAGAGGCGGGGCGGGACACCACGGGUGGCGGUUGGGGGGGGGGUCCCUGCGCCGCUUGGGGCUGCCCGGCCCAGCGCCUGACGGCGGCCCGACGACUCAAUCGGGGUUUCCAGGGGUCGGACGGCGCCGCCCCCGGCCGACCAGCCGCUCCUGCCGGCCCUCCCUCCUCCCCAUCCCGGGGGUCAGCCAUGGUCAUCGAGGUGGAGAGUUUCCAUGGGGUCUACUUGCUGUACUGCACCAACGCCAAGUACAAGGGGAGGAUCUACAUUGGCUACACUGUCAAUCCAGAGAGGAGGAUCUCACAGCACAACGCGGGCAAGAGGAAAGGGGGAGCGUGGCGAACCAGCGGACGGGGACCCUGGUAA